AGAAAAAUGAUUGGAAAAUAUGGCGAUAGCCCUCCGCUCCACCUCCAUCGAGCAUGAACAACAGCAACUCCGAGUCCAAAAGACCCGCCUUUUGGGCCGCAAACAGGCCCAACAUCAAACCCUAACCCUACUUUUAUUCCUCUCUCCUCUCUUCGCCCAAUCUCUCCCAAUCCUCUCCCGUCGUUUGCGACCAAGCUUUUUGGCUCGUAAAUUGGAAUUCUUUGCAAUGGAGGGCUUUGGGGCUUCUCCUAACUUCAAGAAGAAGAGAAGAAGUGCAACUUCAAGAAGGCCUCGUCCAGAUUCACAGUUUGUAGUCGAGGGUACAAGGGAUGGGUCCUCUCAUUCAUCAACACCUUCUUCUGAUAAUGGAAGCAAACCGUCUCUUGAUGAAAAUCCAGCCUACGCUCCAAGAACUACAUCGGUGAACAAUAUUGAGGGUUCCGGCAGUUUGCGAAAGAUUAGGAAAGAGGAUAGGAAGUAUGGAGAUAUUAGCGGGUUUUAUGAGAGUAAUAGGAGUUCGAGAGGAUGUCAACCUGGAGACGGGUUGGAUUCUAAGAGGUCUAGCGAAGGUGUUCUUGCUCCGGCAAACUGGAAGAGUUCGGGGACUGAGAACAGGCUGAAGAAGGUGAAGCUGAAGGUUGGUGGAGUUACUCGAACUUUCCACCCGAAAUCGAUUUCUGAGCAUGAUGUUAGUGGUGUUUACACUUCUAAGCCUUCGGGCGCUGGGGAUGCCUCUAGGCCUCAUCGGCAAAAGUUGAUCCUUCAGGAUAAUUCAGAUGAUGAUCACGCUCCCGCAGAGAGUGCGGAUGGCUUGCAAGGGGGUAUCUAUGGAGAAGGGUGUUUACCUCGGGGGCCAAAGGAUCAGGGCAUAUUAUUUGAAGAAAGUUCAUAUGGAAAACAAAUGCCCAUUUCUGAGCCUGUUCGAAAGAGUAAAAGGGUUCCUAAGAGGCGAGUUUUAGAUGGUGCACUUGAUGAGGGUAAUGAAGAUGAUGAGAUCCGGUAUCUCGAGAAACUCAAGGCUUCAAAGGUUUCCACUGAUAACUCUGAGUUUGAGGAUGAUGGAGAGGAAAGUGUCAAGAAAAAGAGUAUCACGAAGGUUUCUAUUUCUAAGAGCAAAAAGGUUGCAUAUCAUCUGGAUGAAGACUAUGGCUCAUCGCGAUCAGCCAAGGAUAGCCGGAAAAAGUCAAGAACGGUAAAGGAAUUUGUUGACAAUGAUUAUAUUGAAGAGGAUGAGCUUGGUUCUGAAGAUGGGAUCGAAGACUCAAGGAAGAAGCUAAGGAAGGAAUCUUUAGACACCUUGCCUGAUGCCAGAUCAGAACCUCUUACAACACGUCAGCGAGCUCUUCAGUCAGGCAAAGGUGCUUCUCUUGGAGAGAGUUUGGUUGAGUUCCCUAAUGGAUUACCACCUGCUCCCCCUAGAAAGCAAAAGGAGAAGCUUUCCGAAGUGGAGCAGCAGGCAAAGAAAGCCGAGGCUGCUCAGAGGCGUAGAAUGCAAGUUGAGAAGGCUGCUAGGGAAUCUGAGGCUGAGGCAAUAAGGAAAAUUUUGGGCCAGGAUUCUAACAGGAAGAAGAAGGAAGAGAAGUUGCGGAAAGAGCGUGAUCAGUUGGCACAGAAAAGAGCUGCUGAAUCUUUGGUGUUGGCAUCAAACUCUAUCAGAUGUGUCAUGGGGCCCACAAGUACCAUUGUCACGUUUGGUGAAGAUGUUGGUCUCCCAAGUAUAUUCGAGGCCAAGCCAUCCAGUUAUCCUCCUGCACGAGAGAAAUGUGCUGCCCCUUCUUGUCAAAAUACAUACAAAUACCGGGAUUCAAAAUCAAAUCUUCCAUUAUGCAGUUUACAGUGCUACAAAACCGUUCAAGGAAGUUCUCAGACGAUAUCAACAUGGUGAUGUUUGCUGCCAUUGUGUGUUCUGAAAUUUUGGAGGAGAUGCUAAUCAAACCAGUUUAUUGCAAUAUUUGUAUGAUCCUUUCACAAUGGUGGGGGAAUGUUGUUUGUUCAUUAAACUGGAAGAUAGAAACCAAGAGGGCUUUUUGCACACUCAAGCCUCACAUUGCAACGGAGACUUGCAACUAUGGUUGCAAUUGCAACUGGUGAGUUGCAAUGAAACAAUCACAUGUAAUGUAAUCGGCAAAAUUAACUAGUUUCAUAUAACUGUAAUUGCAACUAGUGCUAAUGGACUCUCGGUGCAUCUCUUCUCAUUUUA